AUGAAACCUGGCACAGCUCCCGGACCUGAUUUUAUAUCAGCAGACUUUCUUCGGGCUGACGGCCAUCCGCUUCAUGUAGUCUUAGCAAUGCACAUGACAUCCUACCUUCAGAAAGAAAGGAUCCCAGACCAGUGGGAGACCUCGCGAACCAUUCUUAUCCACAAGAAAGGUGACCGAGAGGACCUUCGGAACUAUCGUCUGAUAUGCUUGCUGAGGGUGUUAUACAAAGUAUUCACUGAGAUCAUUCUCACGCGCAUAUCUAGGACGCUGGAUGAAACCCAGCCUCAAGAACAAGCUGGAUUCCGUCAGGGGUUCAGCUGUUUGGACCACAUCCACACCGUAUCGAGGGUCAUACGGGUUGGCUGGGAAUGCCGCCUGCCCCUUGUUCUAAUCUUCGUCGACUAUGAGGAAACUUUUGACAGCAAUACUGUCAGCGCUGGUCGAUCAAGGUGUGGACGCGUCAUAUGUGAGGACAUUAGCCAAUUGCUACGAUCGAUGCACGACUAG